AUGCGCCCCCUUGCACCAGCUGGCCAUGUGACUGUCCCCGGGUUCCACUGUCACGCGGCCCACGCGGACCUUGCACCGGAGCCCACAAUAUCGGGCCCCAAGAGGGACCUGGGCAUGGUGGUGGGGACGGAAGGCGAGGACCACAACUUCCGUGAAGCAGAAUAUGCUGCCAUCCACUCCAUGUUGGAUCAGAUCAACUCCUGUCUGGACCACCCAGAGGAGAAGAAUGACCGCCUCCAUGCCUGCCUCCAGGAGCUGCUUGAAUCCAACCAGCUGAUUCGCCCUGAGUUUCAGCAGCAUCUGCGGAAGGCCCCCAGCUAA